AUGAGCUCUCCAAUUAUAUUCGUAACAUUUUGCGCAGUAGCUUCUAUUCAUGGUAGCUUUCAAAGUAGUCAGAUUGAAGGUGAAGAAUAUCUCGAAGCAAUUGUUGAAGAUGAGAACAUCGAUUUAGGAAAUAUUGAGAAAAACAUGGAAGAGUUUGUGCACAAUUUGUUGAAAGGAAUAAUACCACAUUUACUCGAAGCGGGUGAAGAUGUCAGAGCGUCACCUAUGUGCAUGUUUGACUUGUCUUCUAUGUUCAUUGGAUUAAGACAUUUGGAAUCUUGGCUGUUUCGAAUGCUGGACUCAAACGGCAAAAUUCCGGUUGGGCUACUGGAAGGUACAUCUUCUUCCUUGGGAGAUUAUGAUGAAUGUUUGGAUGUUGUGAUUGGGGGAAAUCCAGCAGAAAAAUAUGCUCCAGUAGCUCAAUAUUGUCUGCUAGAAAUCAAGCCACCACUGGCUAUUAUUAAAGCGAUUCAUACACUGCAAAAUAUGAACAUGAACAGCAAUCAUUCAUUUUCCGCAACCAAAUCUGUUUUAGGAUUCCUUCGGAAAGUGAAGGUAAAUCCUGAAGAUUUGGUAUUUAGACUUGGCGUGUGCGUGCCAUCAUCAUGUGAUGAACUGGAUGUACUCGAACUCUUUCUGAGGAAUUUUGUGAAGAUCGGUCCACGAGCUGAUAUUGCCGAUCUUCGUUUGGGAGUCUGUAUACCGUCGACGUGCCAGUUAAGUGAUCUUCAGGCCAUUGUCGAUGAAAUCUCUCAAAUGGUUAUGAUCAAAGCAACAACGGUCAGAUGCGAAAUCAAGGAAGGAAGAGGGUUCACAAUCGAGCAGAUAAUUGUACUGACAAUCAUAGGUAUAGUUGCUCUGCUUGUGACUGCUGGAACUUUGACUGAAGUCAUCAUCCGAAACAGGAACCCCGAGUUCGUCGGAGAUUUAAUCCUCUUGAAAAAAGGUAAACUUCUGCGAUGUUUCUUGGCAUUUUCAGCCAUUAACAAUGCAAGAAAGUUAUUCACCUUAAAGAAGGACGACACACCAGUCAUCACGUCAUUACGAGGGAUGAAGUUCAUGUCCGUGUGCUUGUAUGUUGUUGUUUGGACCUACGCCACUCCACAAGAUUUCCACUUCUUAAAAUACCGCAGCGCUUUUUACUUUUACAAAUUCAUGGAGCAAUGGUGGUUCACGAUAUUCGCCAAUGCCUCUGCAGGAAUUGAUACCCUUUUUCUAAUUGCUGGCUUGCAAGUUACACAUGGUUUAUGGAAAAAGAGCAAUGGUGGUGCUGUCAGAAUCAGCAUUCCCAAAUUUAUUCUGAAAUGGUAUUUUAGGUUUGCUCUUAGUCAGCUUAUUGUGAUUGGUUUGUUCCUGUGCCUCCCUCUGAUUGGGAAUGGACCAAUUUGGGAAGAUGUCGUCACCCCCGUCAUCAAAAACUGCCAGAAAAGAUGGUGGCUGAACGUCUUGGCUAUCAACAAUUUUUGGUCGUCUUCGGAGACGUGUCUGCCACAUACAUGGCUUCUGUGUUCCUUGAUGCAUAUGCUGCUAGGUGCACCAAUUGUUCUUUUCAUUUUGAGCAAGUGGACAUCUGUUGGUAUUUUUGUAAAUAUCAUCAUCAUCUUAGGAAGUAGUGUAGCAAUUGCCAUGGUUACCUUGAUGGGAGAUCUUCCGCCAGCACCAGCGUUUUACUUUCUGAGUUUCAUAAAUAUCAAAACCAUCUGGGACAAGCUUUUUAUUCAAGCUUAUGACCACGUGGCUCCAUUUUGCAUCGGAAUCUUACUGGGAUUUAUACUAAAUCGCUAUUCCAAGAUACAACUCAGAAAGACAACCGUGAUUGUCGGAUGGUGCAGUGGAAUUGCCUCUAACUUAGCGGUCAUUUGUGGUCUCUAUGGUUACCGCCAUGGAGAAGCCAUGGAGAUUACCUUGUCUGCGAUAUAUGCGUCUGUUCAUAGAAUAGGAUGGUCCUUGGGAAUCGCAUGGAUCAUAUUUGCUUGUGCGUACGGAUACGGAGGUUUCGUUAACCAGAUUUUAUCAUGGAAAUACUUCAUCCCUCUCGAGAAGAUCAGCAAUCUCACCUACCUGCUUCAUCCCUUGAUUGUAUUCUUACACGAAGGGCAACUUCGUGAAAGGAUGUACAUGGCUCAUUUGGAUCAGGCUAUGUAUGCCACAGCAUACAUCGUUUUCACCGGUCGCCAUCUCAUCACUCAUCUACAUCACUUGCAUUUCUCCAUUUUUCUUCUUUGAAAGACUCCUGUGGAACAGGCUUUUCAGCUCGCCUUGCAGAGAAGCAGGAAAGGUUCAAAUAUGUGUUCAAGCAACGGUAAAAUCCUUGGUGUCGGAUGUGUGUUUAGGCAAAGAACAAUUGAAACAAGCUCAUUGCUCGAAGUUAGCUUACGAUAAGGGAAGAUAAGAAGCCUGUGGUUUUAACUAUUGCUUUAAUUUAUUGCUCACUUUCAGAUGUACAUAAUGUAAAUAGUCGUACAUAUUGCAUUUUAUGUAUUUCAUCAAU